UCUCUCUCUCUCCCUCUCUCUCUCCAUAUGAAGAUUUCCGAUGCUGAAUUUUUUGAAGCUUUGCUUCUUGUCUGAUUUGUCAAGUCUCUCGAUCUGUCGAUGAUUUGAUGCCUCAGACAAGGAGUGAAAUUUCAACUGGGUUGAUCUGUCGAUGAUUUGAUGCCUCAGACAAGGAGUGAAAUUUCAACUGGGUUGAUGACGGAAGUGGUUGUAUCCGGCGAAUUUGGCCGCAAGUUCUAUCAAUUCAAUGGCCCAUAUUUGUACAGUAACCCAGCUAGGGUUUCCUAUAUAAUUUCCUCUCCAGCUUCCUUAACUGCAGCCUCCAGGUCCAGGAGAAAGAAGAAAAAUUGAAGGCCUGAACCGGAAAGAAGCUUAAGAAUGUUUGCCUUCAGCCCUCAUUUGAUUGUCCCUGUGCUUCCUCCUCUGUCUGGCGGUGGCGGUGACCGUGGCGGCGGCGGUGAUCCACCCAAAGACGGCAAUGGCAAUGGCGGUGGCGGUGGCGGUGGUGACAAGCCACCUCGAGGUCCCGUUAUACUUUUUGGGUUCCCUAUGAGGUUCUUGUGGAAACGUCCAAAUAAAGAUUCUCCAAAUCCCAAACGUAACGUGUCUUAUCCCAGAUCAGAACUGGAAAUUUCCCUGACGACUGAAGGCAAGAAGCCCAUCACACCUGUUCCACCGAAGAGGUCUUUUCUACGCCUUUGAGCACAUUGAACUGAAUUUCACAUUUUUGUAUGAAGCUCUUGAACUGAAUUUUGGA